GUCCCCUUGAUCGCUUCCCUUUCUUGUGUCUCUCCUGUCGAUUCUCCUCAUCGUUCCCACCUUAGCCCCUCGUUCUGCAUCAACACCAGUGACAGCUCAUUUUCCUUGCUCUCUUCGAGCCCUUUGGUACCACUUGAGCUUGCUUGGUUUCUUCCCAUUGGAGGAGUCGCUGAUCGAGUGCAUGAAUUAAUUGGAGAUGCCGACCAGAUUGUUGAGCAAGCUUGAAUCUUUGUUCUCCGAAGAAAGCAAUUUCAGCAGAAGGGUCGCAAAUGAGAGCAGACUGAAACUCUCUCCCGCAAGCAAAGGAUGUCACUUCGGAACAGUUGUCCUGGAAGCAUGCGAACCAUUUUUCGUACUCAGUCAAGAUGGACACGCGGCAUCUAUUCUUGGUAGAUGUUCCUCUGACAUGAUGGGGAAAAUGUUGAAGUCACUUGAACUGGAGGCUGGUCUUGAUACCAAUCUCCCUGCCGCGGCAUGGGAAUGUUUGAGGGCAAAGCGUAUGACCUAUCGAAUAGCUAAGCGUAAACACGAUCAUAGCGGCCUUCUGAUGGUUUUCAUGUUUGAUGAUUCGGGCAAACGACCAUGUGUAAGAAUGUUCAUGCAGCGCCUCGAUGGUGUUCGAGAUUACGACGCAAUCUCUCAAAGAUUGCAUAACAUUUGCUUAGAAAUCAGCAAGUAGACCUGGUUGUUGAGAUGGACGAUGAUUUUGUAUUAUUUUCUUCAGUCUCUGCAGAACAUGUAAAUAAAUGUGAAGUUUACUUUGAUGAAGCGCAUGGUUU